CCUGCUGCUCCUGGCUGUGGCCCUGCCUGCCAGGGCUGCCCAGGCUGCUCCGCUGCAAGCGCGGCGAGCAGACUGGAAUCGUGACAUGGGUUUUCAGGAAGUCCUGAUGAAUGAUGGUUUGAAGUUCUUUGAGGAUGCUAGAGCUGAACCUGCUGGUGAAGGCCCCACAUCCAGGACUGAGGCUCUGGGAUAUGCUGAGGGUGUGUCUACAGGGAGGAGAUUCAUACGUACGUUGGUGGUUAUUGCCAACAAGACCAGUCUGCAUGGCAGGGUUCCUCCAAAGAGGAAGAUGCAAGACACAGCAGAGAAGAUAUCCCUGGAACCAUCCAAACAGAUGAGGCAAGUGUUGAAGAAAAUGCUGCAGGGAGGACAAGAAAUGAAAGGAGAGCCUGUGCAGAAGGAAGCAUUUCCCGGUGGAAGCAGUGGUUCCGUGCCAGCCUCUGCUGCAGGAAGGGAGGCCAUGCCAGGCACAGGCACAGGAGAUGAGGUUGCUUCUCCAUCAGCUUGGAUGAAUAAAGUUUUGAAGCCCUUGGAGCCUCCUGCAGAUGUGUCUACAGGGAGGACUUCUCCAGCUCCUACCUUGGAUUUUGCACUCAAGUCCAGCUCCCAUCACAGUGGGAAAGUCCAAGAUACAACAGAUAAGAUGUCCCUGCAACCAUCCAAACAGAUGAGGAAAGAGCUGAAGGAACCCCUGCAGACAAGAGAAGAGAUGGACAUAGAGCUUCAGUGGAAGGUGGCAAUUCCUGAAGGAAGCACUCCAUCUUCAAUGCGAGCCCCAGCUGCAGGAAGGAAGGCAAUGCCAGACACGGGCACAGGCACAGCAGACUGGGAUCCUGGGACGGUUCCUCCAUUAGCCUGGCGCUCUGAAGUUGUGAAGCCCUCUGGGCAUUCUGCAGCCGUGUCUGCAGGGACAACUCCACCAACUACUAACUUGGAUGCUGCACAUAAGCCCAGCUCCCAUGGCAGGGGUCCUCCACCAGAAGAGAUCAAAGACAUGGCAGACAAGAAAUUCCUGGACCCAUUAGAAAUCAUGUGGCAAAUGCUGAAGGAACGUCUGCAGAGAAGGCAAGAAAUGAAAGGAGAGCCUGCGGAGAAAGAAGCAUUUCCCGGAGGAAGCAGGGGCUCCAUGUCAGCCUCUGCUGAAGGAAGGGAGGCCAUGCCAGGCACAGGCACAGGAGAUGAGGCUGGGAAGGCUUCUCCAUCAGCUUGGAUGAAUAAAGUUUUGAAGCCCUUGGAGCCUCCUGCAGAUGUGUCUACAGGGAGGACUUCUCCAGCUUCUCCAGCUCCUACCUUGGAUGCUAUACGCAAGCCCAGCUCCCAUCACAGUGUUACUCCAACAGGGAAAAUCCAAGAUACAACAGAUAAGAUGUCCCUGCAACCAUCCAAACAGAUGAGGAAAGAGCUGAAGGAAGCCCUGCAGACAAGAGAAGAGAUGGACAUAGUGCUUCAGUGGAAGGUGGCAUUUCUUGAAGGAAGCACUCCAUCUUCGGUGCCGGCCCCUGCUGCAGGAAGGAAGGCAAAGCCAGACACGGGCACAGGCACAGCAGAAAUGAACGGAGAGCCUGUGCAGAAGGAAGCAUUUCCCGGAGGAAGUAGUGGUUCCGUGCCAGCCUCUGCUACAGGAAGGGAGGCCAUGCCAGGCACAGGCACAGGAGACUGGAAUCGUGACAUGGGUUUUCAGGAAGUCCUGAUGAAUGAUGGUUUGAAGUUCCUGGAGGAUGCUGGAGCUGAACCUGCUGGUGAAGGCCCCACAUCCAGGACUGAGGCUCUGGGAUAUGCUGAGGGUGUGUCUGCAGGGAGGACUUUCAUACGUCCUUUGGUGGUUAUUGCUGACAAGCCCAGCUCCCAUGGCAGGGUUCCUCCAAAAGGGAAGAUGCAAGACACAAGUGACAGGAUAUCCCUGGAACGAUCCAAACAGACGAGACAAGUGCUGAAGGAACUCCUGCAGACAAGACAAGAAAUUAAAGGAAAGCCUAUGCAGAAGGAAGCAUUUCCCGGUGGAAGCAGUGGCUCCAUGCCAGCCUCUGCUCCAGGAAGGGAGGUGAUGCCAGGCACAGUCAAGGAAGAUGAGGUUGCUGGGAAGGCUUCUCCAUCAGCUUGGAUGAAUAAAGUUUUGAUGCCCUUGGAGCCUCCUGCGGAUGUGUCUACAGGGAGGACUUCUCCAGCUCCUACCUUGGAUGCUGUACGCAAGCCCAGUUCCCAUCACAGGGGUUCUCCGACAAGGAAGAUCCUAUACACAACAGAUAAGAUAUCCCUGGAACAAUCUAAACAGAGGAGGCAAGAGCUGAAGGAACUCCUGCAGACAAGACAAGAGAUGGACAUAGUGCUUCAGUGGAAGGUGGCAUUUCUUGAAGGAAGCACUCCAUCUUCGGUGCCAGCCCCUGCUGCAGGAAAGCAGGCAAAGCCAGACACGGGGACAGGCACAGCAGACUGGGAGGCUGGGAAGGAUUCUGCAUUAGCCUGGCGCUCUGAAGUUGUGAAGCCCUCUGGGCAUUCUGCAGGCGUGUCUGCAGGGACGACUUCACCAACUCCUACCUUGGAUGAUACAGAAAAGCCCAGCUCCCAUGGCAGGGGUCCUACGACAGGAGAGACCAAAGACAUGGCAGAAAAGAAAUUCCAGGACCCAUUAGAAAUCAUGUGGCAAAUGCUGAAGGAAUGUCUGCAGAGAAGGCAAGAAAUAAAAGGAGAGCCUGUGCAGAAGGAAGCAUUUGCAAGAGGAAGCAAUGGUUCCAUGCCAGCCUCUGCUCCAGGAAGGGAGGCAAUGCCAGGCACAGGCACGGGAGCUGAACCUGCUGGUGAAGGCCCCACAUCCAGGACUGAGGCUCUGGGAGAUGCUGAGGUGUGCCUGUGCAGAUCAGCAGAGAUGGCAGAAGUUUCUGUGGCUGUUGAGUUACAGGUGUGUCUGCAGGGAGGACUUCUCCAGCUCCAGGGCUGGGUGCUUGGCCCCAACCCAGCUCCCAUGGCAGGUCCUCCAAAAGGGAAGACCCAAGAUACUGCAGCUAAAAUGUCUCAUGACUCAGGUGAAUUCCUGAGACAAACACAGAAGGAAGCACCCGGAGGACAAGUGAUGGACCAAAAGGCUGUGCAGAAGGAGGAACAGCCAGGGAGAAGCAGUGGCUCAUUGGCAGCCCUAGCUGCAGGAAAGAAGGCAAUGACAGACACAGGCACAGGCGCAGCAGAUGCAGGCAGCACCACAAGACCUGUUCCCGAUGCCCAGGAUGGCCUCAGAAGGGGUUUCUGUCAGGGAACCAGCUGCUGGCUAGGGUUACUGGGAGGCAGCUUUAUUUGGAGUUUGUCUUCAUGAUGUGCUGCAUUGGAAUCUGGUAUUCUUGGAACAGAAAACAGAGCACCUCUGGACAGCAGUUGGAAGACGGUGGCUGCACCUCACACCCAGACAGCGUGAGCAGCUCCUCCAGCAGCAGGAACGGCCUGGACAGCCCUCUCAAGUCUUCUGUGAAGAGGACCCCAGAACAACCGUCUACGAGGAAGCCUCUUAUUGCCCCAUAGAUCCCACUGCCAUCUGCUCUCCCCAUGGGCCUCCCCAAGCUGCCUUCAUCCCUUUUUUUAUCUUUGUCUGUCCCAUCCCAGCCAACCCGAGUUCCUCU